AUGUGUCUCGGGUCAAUGCUUCUCAUUUUUCAUUCAGUCACAGUCAUUUUAGCACAAUCAUCACCGUGCCUUUUGCGCUGCAAGGACAACAACAUGAACAAAGUAGAGAAGAUAAUUGGAAGGGCGAACGAUUGGACGGCUGAUUUAGUGGCACCGAUGCACAGUAUCCUUCGAGGAGUGCCAGAAAUUGCCAACAGUCGUCCUCAUCAAAUGCUCGUUGAUAGACUUUUGAAUAUAUGCAGGGCGAAUACUGAAUUCGAAGAGUGCGUGAGGAUGUGUGAUCAAACGAUUGCAGCAAAAAUUGUGCUGAAAGGACAAACGGCAUGGAUCAAUAUAUGCAAUGCUUUCCGCAGUAAUCAAGGAGGAUUCACAUCGGAUAUAUUGCCGUGUUGGUCUCGACAUGGUGCAGAAAUUGGCAAACGAUGUUCACUUCACGCAACAAUGGUACAGAAUGCAGUGCUUGAUUUGAUUGACAAUGGCAUUCAAUCAAUCGACCAACACGUAGCUGACCUUUGCAAGUAG